AUGGGGAAGCUGAGAGGAGCGAAGGGUAUGUUUGGCAUUCUAAUGGCCCAGUGGCUACAGGGGAAAAAGGACAGUAAGCAAAAGAAGGGUGUUUCAAAGGAGGCGGAAUUAGGUGAGAUAAUGGUCAAUGUGGUAAGAGAAAUUAUUACUGACAUGAACAGUACGGUGAAUGAGAGCACUGCUGAAGGAAUGUGCGCAAACGCAGGAAUUAGUGAGUCGACGGAGAAGGAAGUGUGCACAUUCAUUGUGAAGAAUUUACUAGAUAUAAAGGGAAUUAGAGGACAUAAAUGUACAGAGGGGAAAAUUGAGGAUAAAAUGAAGGAAUUUGUUCACUGCACAAUAUUGAACUUAUGGUCCACACUUUACUUAUCUAAUCAUUGUAAUAAUAAGAAUGCUGUAAAUGGCGCUUACAAUAUAAUGAAUAGCAGGAACAAAAGAUACAGGGGAACUUCUGUUUGUGGGAGAUGUGAAUUGGGGUUUUUGGAGCCCAUGAAAGUAUUGAAAGGCACGGCGAGCGUAUUAGGAGUUAUUUAUCAAAUGAUGGUGAAGGAUAAGGAAGUUAUGAGACUAAUAAAAGGGGGAGGAAGUCAAGCUCAGGGGGGUUGUGACGAACAUAAAAAAAUUUUAAAGGGUUUAGGUCUCCCUGAAAGCAUCCCUCCUCCUCUUCUUCCUCCUCGUGCUCCUGCCCCUCCAAGCAGAGGACUACCAACACCAUCAUCAACCACAACCACAACAACAACCACAACAACACCUGUUACAUCAUCAGUUCAACCACCACCAACGUCAACACCAACACCACUACAACAAACAGUAUCAACACCUGUCACAACCACAACAACAGCAGCAACAGCAGCACAAUCUGAUCCAUGCUCCCCCAACUACCAGCCAUCUCAAGAAAUAAAAGCAAGUGAUAAGAAGGGAGACGACCUAAGACUAGCAUGGAAACAAUAUUUGAGUUCCUCCUCACAGAAUGGACAACCUGGCCAAGCCGUAACCAUUCCGGGUGAUGUGGAGUCGAAGGUGCAGGAAAUGUUCCAGGAACUCAAGUCCUACAUGAAUUGGGGGAACGGCAAGGGGAGUGUCCCCCGUGCAUGUUCGACUUUGAGUUACCCCGGGGAAAAGGGGAAAGAAGAUCACAUGAAGCAAAUAUGCCGAGUACCCGUGAUGAUUGUGAACUGGAUGGCAGGAUUAGAUGAGCAGGGGAAGGAGAAAAAUGGGGUGACUCGGAAGGAGGAGUGGGAACAGUAUUUAAGAUGUAUAGUGGGGCAUAGUAUUAUAUUAAGAAUCCUGGGAAAUAAAUGUGAUGCAAAAAAAAUGCUAGAAAUUAUCUCAGAUAAUAUGAAGAAAGGGGGAAGUCAAGGUACUGUGCCCAAUGUGAAUAGCAUAUGUUCCUGGGUUAAGGUUGACGAUAUGGAAAAAAUGGAGCAGCUUAUUGGUCCCACAGUUGAUGCUUGGUUACAUGGUGCAAAGCAACCCACGGGUAGGGGCGGUAUUAUGGGGGUAGGUAAUAUAGUAGAGUGGAUGAAAUGUAAUGAUCAUCAAAAACAGAAGGAAGAUGGGCAAGAAGAGAAUUGUAAAAGUGAUAGAAUUAUAGACUUAUUAGGAGGAGGGAGGUUAGGGGCAUUACGGAAAUUAGUCGAUCCUGUAGCUCGUGCAACAUCAUGCAUCAAAGACAAGCAUAGCAACGCCAGCAACGGCAACUUAUGUAAAUAUUUAGAUUGCAUGAAACACCUAUGGAUGAAGAUGGAUGCAUCAACGCAAAAAAGCAAGGUAAGUGUGCACAGGAACAUACACAUAUAUUACCAUCACCUUAUACAGAACAACUUUUGGACAAAGGAUGUCAAGGCAUUGUGGACAGAACUGUCCACAGCAAUGAAUAUAGAUGGGGGUAACGGUACUAAAGGAAAUGGAUGUAAUCAAAUGGAUGAUGGCAGUGCCACUGGCAGUGCCGGUGGCACUGCCAGAACUGCCACUGACCCUGAAAAGAAGGCAUGCAAUUAUUUGCAUGCCGGUUUAAAAACACUAUACGAGGGUACUUCGACAACAGGAAACAAUGGUAUCCUGUCGAAGAAGAACCCAUCGUUGAGACAAACGAUGGGUUGUUUCUUACUUCACGCUUAUGCAAAACACAUGAAAGAUAAAGCUGUUUGUUUUAUUGAUGCUGGGAUAAAACAAGCAUUUGAUUCAUGGUAUCAGAAGAUGUCCACUUGCAAUGUCAGUGGCACGGAGCCUUGUGUUCCGUGCCAAUGGAAAGAGGAGGAAUAUAAGAUUUGCAACAUUACCAUAAAUAGUAGUGCAACCCCAGCAAAAACUGCGAAGACCAAAGUGGAAGGAAUUGUCAAUAAUAAUGACCCCGACACUAAGUCCAUCAUAACUAACAUAAAUAAAAUGGAAAAAUUAUGUGAUGGUUUACAAUGUAUAGCAUCCCACUUAAAUUCAUCAAACGGACAACACUCGAAUACAACUGCAGACAACUUUUGGGAUGGAACAAAUGGCGAGGUUCAUAAGUUGUGGCAAGCAUUGUCACAAGCAAUGAAGGACAGUAAUGGAACAGGGAGUGGAAAUGGAUGUAAUGAAAUGGAUGAUAAUGGCCAAAAUAGAACACCCACCGACCCCGAAAAGAAGGCAUGCCAACAUCUUACAGCAGGUUUCGAAAAACUGAAGCAACUUUCAGAGUCCACAACAUCUAACGGUAAAAUUUUGGAUAAGAACGCAUCUUUGAAACUAGCAAUGGGUUGUUUCUUACUUCAUUUUUAUGCAAAGAAAAUGAAAAACGACGCGAAAUGUGAAAUAGAAGCUGGAAUAAAGAAGGCUUUUGAGGUUGGUGGUAAAGAUUUAAGUAAUAAUGUUAAUUGCAAUGGUGGCAAGGGACAAUGUGUCUCUUGCCAUUGGAAUGAUGCCACCAUUGACGACUGCGAAAUUACCACAACUGGCACCACCCCGAAAGCGAAAGUAACGGACAAAUUAACACCAGUUCAAAACGAAAUGAAAACCACCUUAACUACCACCAUGAAGGACAUAAACAAAGCCGAGUCUUUAUGUGCCAAACUCCAAUGUGCCGCACCCAAAUGGUUCAACAACAACAAAGCAGGGAAUAGUGGUACUGUUAACAAGACUUGGUGUGAAUUCUGGGAUAAGGCUGUUAAGACAACACUGACAGAGUUGUUUAACAAGAUCGAGGAGAAUGGAAAGAACAAUGCAACCAAAACUGAUGGUCCAUGCCGAGGCUUUGGUGAUGGUAAUGAACAUAGUGUUGAAAGAAAAGCUUGUAAUCAUAUCACAGCAGGGUUAAAAUACAUUUCUGAGGUUCAAGGUGACGCCAAGGGCGUCACCAAUAAUGCAAAUGCAGAGGCUGAUGAUAAGUUUUUUAAACAAUCUAUGAUGUGCGCAGCACUUAAUCUUUAUGCUGAUAGAAUAAAAAAAGAAACGGCCACAAGUUGUCCCAUUGGUGAGGAAACAGUACAAAGAAUGUUUGUUGCAGGGAAUGGAAGUAAUACUUUGUCCCCGACUUCGUGUUCUGGUAGUGGUGGUAAUAAUAAUAAUUGUUUUAUUUGCACAAGAGAACCAGAUUUUAGUGGUUGCAACCUUCUCGUUCAUAAAGACCUCAUUGGAACAUCAACACUGCCAAAUGGACAAAGUUGUACUGAUAACGCAACUGAAGUAAAGACUAAAAUGGACGAACUCCUCAACAACGAAGAAAAUCAAUCCAACAUUAACACCAAAAUGAAAGAAACAUUAACUACUAUCACUAAAAUGGACAACCAUUUCUGUACUCAACUCCAAUGCGCAAUCAAACAAAAACUGAAGAUCAAAAAUGGACAAGCAACCUCAACCGGAACAACGUCAUCUUGGAGUGACAUAAACAGUGCCGCUGAAAAUGAAUUAACGAACCUCCUAAAGCAUAUGACGAAUUCUGACAAGCAGUCGAAGGUUACCGACUUCUGCAAAGAAAGCAAUUGGGAUAAUGGCACUAAAGAAGGCAAAACAAAUAAAGCAGCUUGUUUGCUUUUUGCUUCAGGACUGCAGCACAUUUAUACCCAUGGUAAUGGCCGUCCCAACGGCCAAAAGAAGGGCCAGUUCAAUGGCCCAUCGUUUGAACAAACGAUGGGUUGUUUAUUUCUUAAAGAAUAUGCAAAACAAUUAAAAGGCUUGGCAGAAACGAAGAAAAAAACUGAGGUACAUCCUCAAUGUAGCGUAAAUGCGGGCAUAAAAUACGCUUUUAGCAAAAGUAAAGACAUUAUGAAAGCAUCAUCUAAAUGCAGCAAUAAUAAUUCUUGUUUUGUGUGCACAGAAGGAGGUUAUGAUGAUUGCCUCAUUGGCACUGACAAUGUAAAGCAAAAAGUGGAACCACUGCUCAAAACGAAACAAACCCAUAUGCAGCAAACACUAGCGAAUACACUUUGUCCCAUCCUUCCUAUGGAUCUUCUUACCCCUUUUCUUCCUUUGGCUCCUGUCUCUAUUGGUCUUUCUGUUAUGGCUUAUUACCUUUGGAAGUAUUUUGGUCCUCUUGGUAAAGGAGGACCGCGUUUCCGAAGAUCUCCUACUGAAAUUCCUGGUCCAUCCGUACAAGAACAAGUCCUUGAUCAUGUGCAGCAAGAUAGUUCACAUGAAUAUCGUUUGGUAAAGGAACGAAAACCUCCAUCUGCUCCAACAAGAACGAAACGUUCUGGUCGCGUGAAUCGUCGAACGAUUAUUGAAAUUCAUUUUGAAGUGUUGGAUGAAUGUCAAAAAGGGGACACACAAUUGAACCAGAAGGAUUUUCUAGAACUUUUGGUUCGAGAAUUCAUGGGAUCGGAAUUUAUGGAAGAAGAACAGAUUCCUAAGGAAGAGGUUCUUAUGGAAAGUGUUCCAAUGGAACGUGUUCCAAGUUUAGGUUCCGGGUUUAUGAUUUAA